AUGUACUCUGAGGGUAUAGGGUGUAGGGUGGGUCGUCGUGUUGGUUACUAUACUGGAUGGAGUGCUGCAAGAGUUGCGGAGGUAGUCCUAAGAGGAAGGGUUGAUGUGAGGGAUAGUAGUGUGAUAUUAAUCGCAGUGAUAGUAGCAGUAGAGAUAGUUGCCGUAGUAGUAGUUAGUAGUAGUAGUAGUAUCAGUAGUAGUAGGAGUAGUAGUAGUAGUAGUAAUGGUGAUAGUAGUAUAGGCAGAGGCAGUGGCAGUGGUAGUAGUGGAAAUUAUGAAGAUUUUGUCUUCGUACCUCUGCCUUUUUCCAAUAUUGCAAUGAGUUUUUUAAAUCCUGCGACUACGAGAUCAACAGCUCCUACUACAAAAUUAGUCAUCGCCUCUAGCCGCCGUCUUAUUAUUGCGAAUUUCUCAUGGGAUUUUAUUGCUUCUCAUGCUAUCAUUUGCGUCUAUCGCAGUUUACUUCUACUUCUCGGUCGCAAAGACUCAUGA